AUGGAGGUCGUGCCCGACAAUGCCGCCGGCGUUGCGGCGGCCGAGCAGUACCGUGGGGUGAGGAAGAGGAAGUGGGGUAAGUGGGUGUCCGAGAUCAGGGAGCCCGGCAAGAAGACGCGCAUCUGGCUUGGCAGCUUCGAGUCGCCGGAGAUGGCCGCCGUGGCGCACGACGUGGCCGCGCUCCGGCUACGGGGGCACGAGGCCAGACUCAACUUCCCGGGCCUCGCCCACCUCUUCCGCCGGCCUGACACUGCCGAGCCCGACGACGUCCGUGCGGCCGCGCUGGAGGCCGCGGCCCAGGUCCGGUUCAGGCCCGACCUCGUGCUACAGCCGGGCGGCUGUGGCAGCAGCGGCGGCGGCGGCUUCCCUGACCGGCUCGAUGACGUGGCGUGGAAUGCCCUGCUUCGCUCUGAUGAUCUGGAGCCCGAGUCGCCCAACAUGUGGGCGGAGCUGGCGGAGGCCAUGCUGUUGGCCCCACCUGUCUGGGAGGGCAGCGCGGUCGACAAUGACGAGUGGUCCCAAGGCUCGCUCUGGGACCCAUCUUGCUGGAGCUACUGA